AUGAUGAAGUCUGGCACUGUGUGGAUAUGCACCUAUGUCUGCGUCCUGUUUUUAGAGGAGGCGGUGAGUUCCUGGGAUAGCCCCUCUGUGUCCGUGUCCUUGCUCAAUGACAGCCCUGUGGCCGCCGGGCCUCUGCCCAGCGCUCAGCCAGAAUGGGUGGACUGUAUCCAGGCCAGCGACAUGUGCAACCAGAACCCCCACUGCAGCUCUCGGUACCGGGUCAUGCGCCAGUGCCUGGUGGGGAAGGAGAAGGAGGCCAUGCUGGACAACAACAGAGAGUGCCAGGCCGCGCUGGAGGUGCUGCUGGUCAGUCCACUGUACGGCUGCCGCUGUAAACGAGGCAUGAAGAAAGAGCUACAGUGUCUGCAGAACUACUGGACCAUCCACAUGGGGCUCAUCGAAGGUGCAGAUGUGGACGAGGCCUCUCCGUAUGAACCUGUGGCUCCAGUGCAGCCUUCAGAAGAGUUCCGCUUGGCCUCCAUCUCCUCAGGGAUGCUCACGGUGGCCCCUAAAGGCUCUUUCUGCCCUGAGGCGGACAGGACCUGUAACCCAUGUCUGAACGCUGCCAAAGACUGCAACCUCAACAGCAACUGCAAGAAGCACCGCUCGGCCUACAUCGCCACGUGCAGCAAAGAGGAUCCUAAAGGUGACACGUGCAACAAGAAGCGCUGCCACAAAGCCCUGCGCGUCUUCCUGGACCGGGUCCCAGCCGAGUACAGCCAGCGCCUGCUCUUCUGCCCCUGUCAGACAGAGGGCUGUGCAGAGCGGCGCAGACAUACCAUCGUCCCGGACUGCUCCUACAAGGAUAAGGUCAAGCCCAACUGUCUGGAGCUGCAGCGGGUCUGUCGGCUGGACUCACUCUGCAGGUCGCGGCUGGUGGAUUUUUACGUCAACUGCGCCGAGAUUCAGCACACGGUCAGCAACUGCCCCAACCAGGGCAACCACCAAGCCUGCCUGGCCUCCUAUACACGCCUCAUAGGGACCGAGAUGACUCCAAACUACGUGGACAGCAGCUUCUCAAACUGGACCGUGUCGCCGAACUGCACGUGCGACGGAAGUGGGAACCAGGAGGAGGACUGCCUGAAGAUCCUGCGCUCCUUCACUGAGAACGCCUGUCUAAAGAACGCCAUCCAGGCCUUCGGCUACGGCAUCGAGACCACGGCCAGCAAGAGCACGUCUGUCCCGGGACCCCAGGUGACGGUGAUGAGGUCAGAGCUGCCGGUGACACAACGGACUGACAGCUACAUCAACAAGUUCCCCGAGUCCAGCCAUGACCCUCUGGAGCGCCCCCUCCUGGCAGAGGAUGGAGGGUCCAGUCUUCAUGCUGGUGCCUGGCUGGUUCUUUUGGCUCCGCUCCUGUCCCAUCACGCCUUAUAG